GUACUUUUUACGAUUUGAAAUUAUCUUAAAUUUUUCAAAGUAAAAAAAUCAUAGAACCUUAUUAGUGAAAAAUGGGGCCCCAAAAGUUUAGGGGCCUAAAGCUUGGGCUUUAAUUGCUUUGCCCAAAAGCCGGCCUUACUGGUGUUUCAUGUUUCCUUGCCAUUUAAUUUUAUUUUUUAUUUUUUUAGUGAAAAUCUUUGUUCCCCCACUACUCAAGAACAAGUUACAUGUCAAAAUACUUCCAGAUAAAUUAUUCAAAUUUGUCCUUCUAUAUAUUGUUGAUUAUAGGUUAAAAUUAUCUUCUACUAUAUUUUAGUCGGAAUGGUGCUAUUAUUAAUUAUAUUCGUCACUUCUUGGCUAGGAACUGAGUGGUCUCUAUUGUCCAUAUUACAUGUCAAAAUACUUCAAGAGAAAUUAUUCAAAUUCAUCCUUCUACAUAUUGUUGACUAUAGGUUAAAAUUAUCUUUCUACUAUAUUUUAGUCGGAAUGGUGAUAUUGUCAACCGCAUUCGUCACCUUUUGACUAGGAACUGGGUGGUCUCUAUCGCCCAUAUUUAUAGAGAUGCUAAUUCGGUAGUUGAUGGUUUAGCAAAUUUGACAUUUAGUCAAGAAUCUCAUUUUGAAUGACAUUCACACGUGCCUUCUAGCAUUUUUUCGUGUGUUGCAGAAGAUGUUUUCAGGGUCUUAUUUAGUUUCGAACUAGUUUCUUAUUAUUUCAGUUCUCUUUAACAAAAUAGAAAGGACAGUUACGGAGUAAUUAGUCAACAUAAAAUAUAAGAAUAUGGAUGAUCAAAGUAACUGAGGAUAAAAUUAGACUAUUUGUAUACUGGAGAAGCUACUUUUGACCCUUUCUCAAAAAAUAAAAAGGAAAAGAAUGAAGAAGAAAACCUUAAGCAGUACUCUUAGGUGUAACAUCUUGUCUUCGACACCUCUGCUUCAGUACAAAAAAACGCAUAAGCACUUGCAUGAACUAAAGACACAAACAUGCAUGUUUCUAAAACGAAUUUAAAAACAAAAAAGAAGAAAAAAGAGAUAGCAACAAGAUCAAAUGUAGCACUUGACAAGUAUCAAAAUUCUAACCAUGGAGGUAGCCACGUAUCUUUGAACAGUUCCCACCAUCAAAGCCUUCACCAACUAUAAAUCUCCUAUCUAAAACCUGUUUUGAUGCACACAAACUCAAGGUUUUCUUCUCUUAAAAAAAAUAAAAAAAAUUCAGUCCCAUUUUCCUCCCCACAAUGUCAACCUUCUCUGUUGAUGAUCCAAGAAGAUCUAAAAAAAUAACCCAAGCCACUUCCAGAAAAGGCUGCAUGAGAGGCAAAGGUGGUCCCGAAAACGCUAGCUGCACCUAUAAGGGUGUCCGCCAACGUACUUGGGGCAAAUGGGUUGCUGAGAUCCGCGAACCCAAUCGCGGAGCCAGACUCUGGCUCGGCACCUAUGGGAAUUCUUACGAUGCCGCUGUGGCCUAUGAUCACGCGGCCCGUAAGCUCUAUGGUGCCGAGGCCAAACUCAAUUUGCCUCAUCUGUUCAACAAACAGGCCCAGGCUGAACCCCAGGCCCAAGUAAAAAACUCCAGGCCCAACACCAUUUGUGCGGCUCCUGCUCCAGCUCCAGUUCCGACAACUGUUUACAAUGGGUCUUCACCAUCAACUUGGAGUGUUGGAAAUGACACCUCUCUUUGUUUCAACAAUGAUUUUGGUACCAACAAUUUUUCUGCUAAUGAUCCAAAUGCAUUUAUGUGUUUGGACAUCAACAAAACUGCUGAUGAAGGUUUAGAUGAAAAUAUUAAUAAUCAGCUUGGUGGAGAAAUGUGGAGAGAUUUGAAUAUGUUGCCAGUAAUUGAUGAUUCUUCUAUAUGGGAAGAAGCAAAAGCAACAACUUCAUUUCAAGAAGCAGUGAAUGAUCCAGGGUUAUAUGCAUGCAACUUGGAUGAUGGAAUUAACUAUCCUCCAUGGUGUGGUUAAGUACUUCUUAUUUUAUGUGUUUAAUUAGCUCUCUUUUAUAUAUAUGGUGAAAAAUAUAUAUAAAGAAAAACAAUGCUUGCAUACAUGGUAUAUAAUUUACUUGUAUAGGUAUUAGAGCAUGUGUAUAGCUCUAUCUUUAAGUUUAUGUGCAGGAAGUUACUAAAAGUGUCUAGGGUAAUUACGGUGACGUGUACUAUAGUGUGUUGAGAAGCAUAUAUAUGGACUGAAAAAUGUUCAGCUUGUAUUAAGCAAUGAAAAAAAAAAAAAGAAUUGUAAUAUAUAGAUAUAUGUGUAUAUAUAUCUAACUCUACAAGUUUAGCAGUUAUCUAUAUGAUGCAACAUUAUACGUUUCUCAGAUUUUUGAGAUUUUUUGCUUAGAAACUAUUGGUUGAUAUCGACAUGCAUGCGCUCCAAGCUUCAUGUCACUAUUUAUUUAUUUACUUAUAUGAGUUUGGUUGAGAUUAAGGUGUACCGACGCGCAUGAGAUUUUUACUAUUAAGUUAGUAAAAAAUAGUAUAAAUUAUACAAAUCAUUAUCUUACUCUUUUUUCCGGCUAUCGACUUCAUAUGCAUUUUCAUAUAAAGCGAAGUCUAUAACGCGAUCGAUACAAAAUCUUUUAUAAUAUACCACGUGUCAAAAAUCAUCCAACUCAUUACUGCCUAUGCUUUUUUAAUCCGCCUCAUUGCUGCCUAUGCUUCUUUAAUAAACUAUAUAACAUGCAUGGUCGAGUUUCUAAUAUGUAAAAGCACGCUAUUUUCAACUCGUAAAAGCUUAACUUAUAUCUUGUCAAAAAUAUAAAAUUUUAGCCGAAACAAAAAUUUAGUGACUAUCUUUUUUAGCCAUUUUAACACCAUCGGUGAUGACGAUGACCGAAUCUAAAAAAAGGGUCUAGGGGUAGUAUUACUUCCCAAUCAAAUCUAUUCUGCCUUUUUCUUGGGAUUGGUUCUUGUUUGUAUAUCGUUAUUCUAUAUUCUAAAAAAGGAGAUGGUAAUGGUGACGGUGAUGGCUGAGUUAAAAAAGAAAGGAAGAGGUGGUGUCUGUGGCAUCACCAAAUUAACCGAUCUAAAAAAAAAAAAGAAGAGGGAGGUCGUUAUUGGCGGUGAUGAUCAAAUCUAAAAAAUGAGGAGGAUCAGAGAAGGGUUGGUGAGUGAAAAAAAAAAAAGUAUGGUGAUGGGCAGAUCUGAAGAAAGAGGAGGAGGAGAAAAAAGCGGUGGCGCUGGCCGAAUCUAAAAUGGGAGGAUAAAGAGGAGGUGGCAGUGGUGGUCGAACCAGAAAAAGAAAAAGAAGUAGAUAAUUGUGAUGUUGCCCAAAUAUGGGGAAAAAAGGUGAUUUUGGUGUUACCCGAAUCUUAAAAAAAGAUGGUUGUGAUGUUACCCAAAUCUGAAAAAGAGGUGGUGAUGGUGGUGACCGAAUCUGAAAAAGAAGGUGGUGCUGGUGGUGAUCGAAUCUGAAAAAGAAGAUGGUAGUGACCAGGUGGUGCUGAUGACAAUGGUUUGGUCAGAAAAGAAAAAGGAAUGGAAUUGGGGUGAUGAUCAAAUCUGAAGAAUAAGGAGGAUCAGAGGGAGGUGGCUAGUCAAAAAAUCAUAUGGUGGUAGCACAAUCUUAAGAAGGAGAAGGAAAAGAAGCAAGUGGUGGUGGUGACCGGAUCUAAAAUGGAGGAUUAAGAGGAGGUGAAACCUAAAGAAGAAAAAUGAAUAGGUAGUGAUAAUAUUACCCAAAUUAGAAAAAGAAGGUGUUGUGGUUGAAUUUGAAGAAAAAAGAGGCGGUGAUGGUAACGACGAUGGUCAGAUUUAGAAAGAAGAAUAAAGAGGUGGUGUUGGUGGCGGCGGCACCACUAAACCGAUCUAAAAAAAGAAAAAGAAAAAGAAGGAAGUGGUGGUUGGUAGUAAU